GAGACUCAAGGGAAAAAAUAAGAACAGCAACCUCGAUUUCAGCAGCAAGAAGAAGAAGAAGUCUACGCGCUGGUCUCCGCCUUCUCUUCGCCGCGCUUUCGUGCCCCGGGCUUGCAGUCAAAACCUUCAAGCUUCGUGCAUGGAACACGAGGCUUAACUCUCUCUCUCUCUCUCUCUCUCUCUCUGAGCUCACUAGAAACUAGAGCCGCAGAAGGAGCCCAGAAAGAGAGGAGAGCGUCUCGAGCGAGGAUGGGGAACUGCUGCUGGGGAGAUUCGUCGGCCGAUGGCGACGCCACGUACUCGUCAAACACCGCCCGCAAACGACCUCCACACCUUCCAGUUCCAGAUGCAUUGAAGAGCAACUAUGACCGCCACAAGCAAGACGCAUUGCCGAGGAAAAGAGCCGCCAAUGGCGCCAGCAACGGUAGUCAAAACGGCGCGCCCGAGAAUGGCCGGGAGAACGAGAAGAAAACUCCCUCGUCAUCAGCCGCCGGCGCCCAGGAGGCAUUACUGCCCAACUUGAAGAUGUUCACGUUCGCGGAGCUGAGGAGCGCGACCCGGAACUUCCGGCCCGACACGGUGCUCGGGGAGGGCGGCUUCGGGAGGGUGUUCAAGGGCUGGGUCGACGAGGGGACGUACAAGCCGUCGAGGGUCGGGGUCGGGAUACCGGUCGCCGUCAAGAAGUCGAGUCCGGAUAGCCCUCAAGGUUUGCAAGAAUGGCAGGCAGAAGUGAAGUUUUUGGGCAAAUAUUCGCACCCAAACUUGGUCAGAUUGAUUGGUUACUGUUGGGAAGACAACCAAUUCCUCCUCGUAUAUGAAUACAUGCAAAAAAGGAGCUUGCAAAAUCACCUCUUCGAAAAGGGUGGAGACCCAUUGCCUUGGGACGUCCGGCUGAAAAUAGCGAUCGGAGCCGCACGGGGGCUCGCCUUCCUUCACACCUCGGAGAAAUCCGUGAUCUACCGCGAUUUCAAGGCCUCCAACAUUUUGCUAGAUGGGGAGUUCAAUGCAAAGCUUUCGGAUUUUGGGCUUGCAAAGUUGGGCCCAACAGAUGGCAAUUCCCAUGUCUCCACUCGUAUAAUGGGCACCUACGGCUAUGCGGCCCCGGAAUAUAUGGCCACAGGUCAUCUCUACAUAAACAGCGACGUUUACGGCUUCGGGGUGGUGCUCCUGGAAUUGCUGACGGGCCUACAGGCCAUGGACUCGAAGAGGCCCAGCAGCCAGCACAACCUGGUGGAAUGGGCCAAGCCAUCCUUGUCCGAGAAGAGGAGGCUCAAGAAGAUCGUCGACCCGAGGCUCGACAACGAGUACCCGUCGAAAGCCGCGGCCCAGGUGGCCGAGCUCAUCCUCAAGUGCCUCGAGGGCGACCCGCGGAAACGGCCCUCCAUGGAACACGUCCUGGCGACCCUGGAGCUAGUCAACGCGAUCAAGUUGAAGCCCAGGGAAGUUCGGCCUAGGUCGGAGCAGCUCGCGGCGAGACACGGCGACCACCGAUCCCCGUCACAUCACCACCACCACCACCACCACCACCGGUCGCCAAGGCACCACCGGGAAGGCCAAGAGGGCGGGCCCUCCUCGGUGAGGUCUCCCUAGAUGUGGCGAGAGCGAAGCAAAUGCACUAAUUUUGGCGUCGCUUUGUAUUCAAUCCCCAGAGAGGAGUA